AUGCUGGAUUUGUUAAAAUUUCUCCUGGACGACAAGUACCAGGAAGACAUUAACGUCGAAGGGCCAUUCAUGGGCACCCCAUUAUUCCAGGCGAUCUGGUAUGGUCACUGGGACACGAUAGUUCCGCAUCUUCUGGAGCAAGGCGCCGACCUGGAUAGAAGACUGAUCGAGACGCGCUUGACCCCGCUCAUGAUGGCCUGUUUCUCACGUCGUUUUGAUGACGCCUCUAAACUCAUUGAUUUGGGCGCAGAUGUCAGUACCUUGUCAGUGCAUCGCUUCAGUAUUCUUCACUUGAUCCUUGGGUCGCGUCGAUUCCGCCCAGAAGACUUCUUCGACCCUCUCGGCCCCCCCACAAAACCUCUAAGCAACACAUCUGAGGCUGAAAUCAUUCAAAAAUUCAUUGCCAAGGGCUUCGAUGUCAACGCAAAGGAAGCCGUUCUUGGAAUGACACCGCUCAUGGUAGCAAGUGCAGGCUGCAAUACUGAUGCCAUACAGGCGUUGCUUGAGGGUGGCGCCAAUGUCAACGCGUUGGAUAAUGAUGGCCUGACUGCGCUCGCACGAGUUGGCGAGACAGCUGAAGGCUCUUCUAUACUGGGUUUAUACGAUUCUGCAAAGAUGCUGCUCGAUGCAGGAGCAACAUUGCAGGAUUCCUUGGAUGAGGUUACUCCUUUGAAUAUCCUUUGCACUCGGCACUGUGAGCCAUACUUCAACCGCGAGUGGGAUAAUCAACACGCUGCUUUGGCUAAGCUACUCAUCGAGCACGGUGCCAAUCCAAACGAGAAGGGUGCCUCUGAGGGACGCCCUUUUACAGAGGCUGUGGUGCAUGGAAACCUGAACCUCGCACAAGCAAUUCUCGAGAACGGUGGUCGGCCAGAAGAAGGCGAUCUAGAAAAUAUCCUCACAGCGUCUGUGUAUGAUUCCUACGACGAUGGAAAGACUGAAUUCAUCCUACGCAUCGAUUAUGCCAAACACGGCAUGACAAGGCCAUCAGAAGAGUUUCUGUUGGACCUCCUGAAGACAGCACUCAGCCAGCAGCUCUGGACAAGGGCGGCCGAUCUGAUGAAAUCUGUGCCGAUACCAAAUGAGCUCUGCGAAGGGCUAAUCUUCCGCUGCUUGGAAAAGCCUUCGCCAAUUGCUGAUGAGCCAUCGAGUCUAAUUCAAAUACUUCUUGACCGAGGUCAAGAUCCCAAUGAGCUGUUCAAUGGCGAGCCUCCGUUGUAUUACAGUUUCAAAUCAGCGUCUUGCUGGCGAACGACGCCUGUGUUGGUAAACGCAGGCGCGGAUAUCUAUAUGCCGACAAAAGCGAUGCCAGACGGAGCCUUUAUGUAUACCAUAACCAAUGGGUAUCAACCACAAGCAUGUCAGAUACUUCUGAAGCAUCCAAAUGCACUGCGCGACAAGCCAGAACGACUGCAUCGAGAAUGUUGGUCAACUCUUAUCUUUUGGGAGCCCCGCACAGGCAUUCGCGGCGUUGGGCAGCCAAAUUUCUAUCACAUACCACAACUCAACUGGUCCUUCACAAACCAGUUGAUCUCCGCCGGGUUGCGAACUGACGUGAAGACACUGGAUGACAAGGACGUCAAGGAACUCGUGGAGCAAGCGAUUCCGAAGAACGAGGUCUUGCGGUUUGAGGGUCGAAAGGUCCUGGAAGCACUUGACAUUGUCUACACUGAACCUACAGUGAUAGAGAUGCUCAACGCUACCAUCGUGGGAGAUGAAGAAGAUCCCGAGGAUUUCGAGUACGGUUCGGUGAGCGACGAGAUCGACGACACUGACUAUUCGGGUCUCGAUAGCGAUGAUUACGACAGUUUCGACAUUUUCCCUGGCUAUAUGGAAGGCGAAGAAGACGAGGAGAACGACCCAGGAGAUCAGGACGGCGAAGGCGGAUGGGGCGAACAAGGUUAUUCGAGUGAUUCCGAUGACGAUUACGACGAUGAUGGACAUAUACCGAUACCUGUACCUUUCUUGUUUGGACUGAUGAUGUAG